UUGUCUGCCAAAAUAACAGCUUUCUACCAGUUACUGUUUGUGGUACACCAUGUCAGAAACAUCAACACCAAACUAGGACACAUGGAAAACAUGAUAACACAUCAAACAAGGAUCAUAGGGUAACAGGUGAUGUCAUUUUCUAAUUAAUUUAAAUUGAAUUGUGUGUGUUUGUGCUCACAGAGUGUGAUCAGUGUGUGGACACUCUUUACCAAUCCCUUCUCAACCUGAAUGACUUAUGGACAGAGUUAUGGUCGGUUGCCGUCCUUCUUGGAGAGCUUCAAGAACGAGACAUGGAGCUGCAGCCCUUAUCAGUUGUGGUCAAUGAUACAGCAUACAUGUUAGCAGAAACAAUCAGAGCAUAUGAUCAGCUUCAGGUGGAUAUUAUGAACAUCGAUCAGGACCAAUACAGAAAUGAUGUUAAUACUCUGUAUGCAAGGGCUGAGAAUAAUUUAGCAACAGCACUAGCAUUGGAGGAAAUCGUUUUUGUAAAACUUGGAGAACUUGAGGCAUUAAAGGCAGAAUCAGAUCAGCUGUACAUGGAUUCCGUGUCUGCUGACGAAGACCUUGAUAACUAUAUAGCAUUGCUGGCAUUGUGGAAUGGAACAAGUUAUUCAUACUACUCCACUGCAGUUGGCCAAUCAGCAUCGAUUAGUACUGUGUCAUUCACCGAUGAGCAAGUUGACGUUGCCAUGGAUUUAGAGUUGAGUCAGAAUACUUCAGUGCAAGCUGCUAACUUCUAUGCACAGUCCACAUCACAGGGUCAACGUGUCAACAGCUUGCAGGCAUCCAUUCGUAGCACUGAAUCAACUCUGCUAGAAGUACAGACAACAGUUGACGCCACCCAUGAAAUUCUGGAUAUUGUUGAUGUCACUCUGAUGAGGGUGGACGUGGUCCUCAAUGCAACUCAG